CUCUCUCUGGAACAAGCUUGGUGCGAUACAAGCAAACAGUGUUCAGAGUGCCAAUGCCAUAGUGGCCUAUCAACAGGUAGGCCCUAUCUUGUCACGUUUUAUGUUCUACUUUGGCUUCGGGGCACUCAUUUGAAAAUUGAAUCAAGAAUUCACUACGUAAUCACCGAAAUGAUUACAAUUGGACUGGUGGCAUCUAAGAACAUCUCCCUCGCUUCCUGCUUGGUAUGCUGUAUUUUUUUUCUUCUUGGCCAGGAUUGGAAUCCAAUCUUUUAUUUUUUAUCUUGGUUCUCAGGCUCUAGAUUUGAAGCCCAAUUAUGUCCAAGCAUGGGCAAACAUGGGAAUCAGUUAUACCAACCAGGGUAUGUAUGAGGGAGUCCAUUUCUUACUAUGUCCGGGCACUGGCAAUGAAUCCGAAGGCAGAUAGUGCCUGGCAAUAUUUGAGGAUUUCUUUACGUUGUGCUUCCCGCAAUGACAUGCUGGAAGUUUGUGACUUCCGGAAUCUUGAUGUUCUCCGGAAAGAGUUUCUAUUGUAAUUUAUAGUCAGAACUGAAUGAAUGAUCGGCUCGGUUGCUGAGAUGAGGUCUGAAUUGGGGAACUUUCUCAUCCUUUAUAAGCUUAGAAGGAAGUUGCAAUGAGGUUGAGCUUGAUUCGGAUUAUGAUAUUCAAGUUUUAUGUUUUGCUGCAUGUGGACCCUUCACUGCUGAGCAUCCCGGUCCCGUAAGCCUUCUAGAGAACUGGAAAUAUCUAGGGACAUUUUUGUUCGCUAGAAUAUUAUGAACUGUUAUCAUUAAGCUCCUCAGCAUUGGCACAAAAUCGUAAAGUUUUCUGGACUAUACAUUUAAAACAAAUAAACAUAGUGAAGAGUAGAUGGGAACACUUCAAGUAAGAAUUGAAAAUUCUUCUUGCCGUUUUUUGGUAAUAGUCGGGACGGAGACAAAAGUUCAUACCUUACUAUGGCUGCUUGGAUUCUGAAAUUGUAAGUAACAUUCAUUUGAUUAAUGAUAUUUAUAAACAACGUUUUUCAAACCUGGCAUAUUUGCAUGGACUA